AGUACUUCCGGAAGAGCGGCGGCCAGUCCUUCCGCGUCUGCUUCCGCUCUGACGUAGCAUUUAUUUUCCUCCUCUUCGGCGAGAGGGUAGAGGCGGCAAGGUCUUCUCUGGAAUUCGGCUCUUUGCGUGGCGGGAUGGCGAGGUUUCGCGCCGCCGGUGUGGUUCGUUGUUAGUGCACAGGUCGCCCUGCAGGGCGGCCGAAAGGGCGGAGAAACCGGAAAGCAGACGCGCCGCUCCCGGCUGCUUUCUCAAGCCGCGAAAAGCUGAGUUCCUAGUUGCUGGUGAACUGAGCUCACAAGGAAGUAAAGAUGAGUAAGAACAAAGAUGAUGCACCUCAUGAGCUAGAGAGCCAGUUUAUUUUACGACUGCCCCCAGAAUAUGCCGCUACGGUGAGGAGGGCAGUGCAGUCUGGGCAUGUCAACCUGAAAGACAGACUGAGCAUUGAGUUACACCCUGAUGGGCGUCACGGAAUUGUCAGAGUGGAUCGAGUGCCCUUGGCUGCAAAAUUGGUCGAUUUGCCUUGUGUCACGGAAAGCUUGAAAACCAUUGAUAAGAAAACCUUUUACAAGACAGCUGAUAUCUCUCAGAUGCUUGUAGCCACAGUAGAUGGUGACCUAUACCCUCCUGUGGAAGAGGCAGCUGCCACUGCUGAUCCUAAAGCAAACAAGAAAAAGGAUAAGGACAAAGAGAAAAAGUUUGUUUGGAACCAUGGAAUUACUCUACCUUUAAAAAACGUUAGAAAGAGAAGGUUCCGGAAGACUGCAAAGAAGAAGUACAUUGAGUCUCCGGAUGUGGAAAAAGAAGUAAAGCGGCUGCUAAGUACAGAUGCAGAAGCUGUCAGCACUCGUUGGGAGAUAAUUGCUGAAGAUGAAACAAAGGAGACAGAAAAUCAAGGCCUUGAUAUCUCCUCUCCAGGAAUGUCUGGCCACAGGCAGGGCCAUGACUCACUAGAGCAUGAUGAGCUCCGAGAGAUCUUCAAUGACCUCAGCAGCAGCAGUGAAGACGAAGAAGAUGUAAACAUCAUUGACACUGAGGAAGAUCUAGAGCGACAGCUCCAAGAUAAGCUGAAUGAAUCAGACGAGCACCACCAGGAAAAUGAAGGAACCAAUCAGCUGGUUAUGGGGAUUCAGAAGCAGAUUGAUAACAUGAAAGGCAAGCUCCAAGAAACUCAAGACAGGGCAAAGCGCCAGGAGGAUCUCAUCAUGAAGGUGGAAAACCUGGCUCUCAAGAACAGGUUUCAGGCUGUUCUGGAUGAGCUCAAACAAAAGGAAGACCGUGAAAAGGAGCAGCUUAGCUCUCUGCAAGAAGAGCUGGAGUCACUUCUGGAGAAGUGAGAGUGUUGACUUUGGUCCUUAGACUAGUCAGCUUAAGAAAAAAAAAUAUUUUCAGAGUAAGGUCUUGAUAUUCUUUUUUUUUUUGUCCUUUGAAAUGUUCUUAUUCCCUGAGUUCUGUUGGAUUUUUUGAUUGUUUUCAGAACGAGGGUGGUGGGCUUCCAUUCUUAAGAAAGUAGGAUUACACAGGCAGGUUUGUUGUUGGAAAGAUACAAGUAAGAUGAGUGAAAUGAAAACACUUUGAACUUUUAAUCACUAUAGGACUUUAUUACAAUUUGUAAUAAAGUUUCUAGUCCUAUUCUUUGUUGCUAAGAUCAGUAAUAAGCUAGCCUAUGGGCAGUGAAGUUGGUUUUUUUAAAAGAAGUAUUUUUUUUACUUUUUCAGCAAGUUUCCAUGUUACAGAAAUGCAGGUUUUUUUCAUAAAGGUUGUGUCUUAACAAUAAAAGCUACUAAUUUUCA